CAUAGUUUCUCAUCCAGCGUUCAGCAGCUCUUCUUCUUUCCAAUGCAAACACGUAGACGAUAAACGCGGCCAGAGGACUUUGUGGAAUGGUUCAUUUCACAGCGGACGGAUGCAGAAUGGAUUGUUUGGCGUGAUUUGUGAUUUAAGAGAAGCUCGUUUAGGAUUAAAGAGAUACAGAAGGAUACACGUUGACAAAAGACCCCUAUGAGGCUUCGAAAGUGAAGAGAGAAAACUAGUAAUAAAAGCCAUAAGAUGGACCUGAAGCUACUUUUCAUAACAUUAUUAGGGAUCAUUUGUUGCAGCAGCGCACAGCAAGAGGGCAACGAGUGCAUCAAAGCCAACGCUUUAUCCUGUGGCGAGUGCAUACAAGUGGGGGCUAAAUGUGGAUGGUGCACUGAUACAGAGUUUCUGAAGCAGGGCGAGCCGACGUCGGCGCGCUGUGAUGAGCUGGAGUCGCUCAGGAAGAGAGGCUGCGCCACCGCCAAGAUCGAGAACCCUCACGGGAGCCAAAGGAUCCUCAAGAACAAAGCCGUGACCAACCGCAAGAAAGGAGCAGAGAAACUUCGACCCGAGGACAUUACACAGAUCCAGCCUCAGAAACUCAGCCUCAACCUCAGAUCCGGGGAACCUCAGAAUAUCAAACUGAAGUUCAAGAGGGCUGAAGACUAUCCCAUAGACCUGUACUAUCUGAUGGACCUGUCCUACUCCAUGAAGGAUGACUUGGAGAACGUCAAGAAUCUAGGGACUAGUCUGAUGAAGGAAAUGUCCAAGAUCACCUCAGAUUUCAGAAUAGGUUUUGGCUCUUUUGUGGAGAAGACGGUGAUGCCGUAUAUCAGCACGACUCCAGCCAAGCUCCUGAACCCCUGCACAGGGGACCAAAACUGCACCAGCCCCUUCAGCUACAAGAACGUGCUGAAACUCACCAGCAACGGGGAGCAGUUCAACAGUCUGGUGGGAAAACAGCAGAUAUCUGGCAACCUGGACUCACCUGAGGGGGGGUUUGAUGCCAUCAUGCAAGUGGCAGUCUGUGGAGAGCACAUCGGCUGGAGAAACGUCACUCGUUUGAUGGUCUUCUCCACAGACGCAGGUUUCCAUUUUGCCGGCGAUGGCAAACUAGGUGGAAUCGUGCUUCCCAAUGAUGGGAAAUGCCACUUAGAAAACAACAUGUACACCAUGAGCCAUUAUUACGAUUACCCAUCCAUCGCCCACCUGGUUCAGAAACUGAGUGAAAACAACAUCCAGACCAUCUUUGCAGUUACAGAGGAGUUUCAGCCUGUUUACAAAGAACUUAAAAACCUGAUCCCAAAGUCUGCAGUGGGGACGCUCUCUGCAAACUCCAGCAAUGUUAUCAAUCUCAUUGUUGAUGCCUACAAUUCUCUUUCCUCAGAGGUGAUCCUUGAGAACAGUAAGCUUCCUGAAGGAGUGACCAUCACCUAUCAGUCGCGCUGUAAGAACGGAGUGGUGAAUGAGGGAGAGAACGGAAGAAAGUGCUCUAACAUUUCCAUCGGAGACGAGGUAUCGUUCAACAUUAAUAUCACGGCUCAAGGCUGCCCCAAACAAGUCAAACCUGAAAGCAUUAAGAUCAAGCCCCUGGGCUUCACUGAGGAGGUGGAGAUCUUGCUCAACUUCAUCUGCGAGUGUGAAUGUCACAAACACGGCAUCAAGAACAGUGACAUGUGUCAUAACGGCAACGGCACGUUUGAGUGUGGAGCCUGCAGGUGCAAUAAGGGACGUGUGGGCAGGCAGUGUGAAUGUCGAAAAGACGAGGUGUCCACCGAAGACCUGGACAAGAACUGCCGCAAGGACAACGGCACGGACAUCUGCAGCAAUAACGGCGAGUGCGUGUGUGGCACCUGCGAGUGCAAGAAGAGGGACAAUCCUGAAGAGCGCUACAGCGGCAAAUUCUGCGAGUGCGACAACUUCAACUGCGACCGCUCCAAUAAUAAACUCUGCGGAGGACACGGCCGCUGUGAGUGCAGGGUGUGUAUCUGUGACGCUAACUACACGGGAAGCGCGUGCGACUGCUCUCUGGACGCCUCCACCUGCUUAGCCUCCAACAAGCAGAUCUGUAACGGCCGGGGGAUCUGUGAGUGCGGGACCUGCAGGUGCACCGACCCCAAGUUCCAGGGGCCCACCUGUGAGAUCUGCCCCACCUGCCCCGGAGUCUGUACUGAGCACAAGGAGUGUGUGCAGUGCCGGGCGUUUGGCACAGGAGAGAAGAAAGACACUUGUGAGAGAGACUGUAGCUACUUCAACCUCAUCAAGGUGAAGGACAGAGAUAAACUCCCUCAGCCGGUGCAGGCCUUCCCCCUCAUGCACUGCAAGGAGAGAGACGCCAACGACUGCUGGUUCUACUACACCUACGCCGUCAACAACACAGAGAAGGAGGUGCAUGUGGUGGAGGCUUUAGCAGCAUCAUAUGACCCCUUUAAUGACGUGUGCUUGGUUUUUGGUCUAGCUCUGCUCCUGAUCUGGAAGCUGCUCAUGAUCAUUCACGACCGCCGCGAGUUCGCCAAGUUUGAGAAGGAGAAGAUGAACGCCAAGUGGGACACGGGAGAGAACCCCAUCUACAAGAGUGCCGUCACAACUGUGAUCAACCCCAAAUAUGAAGGCAAAUAAUGGACAUGGGUAUCACACACGUGAAGGUUUGGGAAGGGAUAGGUUUGCAGAUAUCCUCAGUUUUCCUUUAAAUAGUUUAUUUUCUCAUUGUAUGUUAUUCUUUUAGAACAGUAUUGUAGCAGUAUUUUAUGACGGACUGGCUGCUUCCCGUCCCUUGCAAACGUGUACAGUUUGUAUAGUCUUUAUAUUUACAUCAGUUUUUCUUCUUUUAAACCCUGUGCACAUUCACUCAUUCGCUCUUUUCAAACUGAGCAGAUAUCUGUGCCUUUGCAUCAAGUGUUGCGGUGCAAAGGGAUCCUUGAAUCCCUCCCCAAAAAUUGCAAAAACUCAUCAAAUGCCGUUUAAAAUCAUAUGAAUUUUUGUUUAUAUUCUAUCAUGUUCUUUCAAACUUUUUCAACAGUCAUAUAUUGGCAUAAGAAACUAUCUGACUAUCAAUUGUAUGUGAUUUUUUUUUUUUUGGGGGGGGGGGAAAUGUAAGUUUGGUUUGAUAUGCUAAUAAUCUAUGCAUAUU